UUACUCUUUCUGAUUCAUUCCCCCCCCCCCCCGCCUCUCUUUUUCUUCAAUUUAAAUAGGGACAUGUGCGUUCCAGUGCAUUUUUUGUGCAUUUUUGAUGUGUUUUACUGCGUUCCAGUACAGUUCUGUGCAGGAAAAAUGCAGUCUGUUCUACGUUUUUUUCUGCAACCGGAACGCACUGGACCUGCAAGUACUGAUGGGAACUCUGACAUUGACAACCAUAGAACCUACUUUCUGUGCAUUUUGGAUGCAGAAAAAAAAGCAACUGAAACGCAUGUAGUAUGAACUGGCCCUUAAUGUUGAUG